AUGCUGGUAGGGCGUGUGCGGCUCGUGCCAAUCGUGCUGCUGGUGCUCGGUGUAACGAUUAACCUGCAGCAUGUUUCUGCCGGACCGUGGCGUGACGGGGUGCUUCGGGGCGGUAACGCAUUCGCCAAGCGAAUGUCGGAAAGUGAUGAGUAUUUAGAAUUUGGUCGAAAGCUAAAACGAUCGUGCGGAUAUGAGUCGUGCCCGAAACCAAAGAAACAUAUGCUUAAUGUGCAUUUGGUGCCCCACACACACGAUGACGUUGGCUGGCUGAAGACGGUCGACCAGUACUACUAUGGAAGUAAAACCACUAUCCAGAAGGCGGGCGUACAGUACAUCCUCGAUUCGGUCGUGCAAUCGUUGCUAAGCGACCCGGAACGUAAGUUCAUCUACGUCGAGUCGGCAUUCUUCUUCAAGUGGUUCAACGAGCAGACGGUGGAGCUGCAGCAACAGGUUCGGAUGCUGGUCGACGAGGGACGGCUGGAGUUUAUCGGCGGUGCCUGGAGCAUGAACGAUGAGGCUGCGGCACACUAUCACAGUGUGGUCGAUCAGUUUACCUGGGGUUUGCGGAAGCUGAACGAAACGUUCGGCGAGUGCGGCCGUCCACGGAUCGGUUGGCAGAUUGAUCCGUUCGGGCACUCGCGCGAGCAGGCGUCGCUGUUCGCACAGAUGGGCUACGAUGGGCUGUUCUUCGGACGACUCGACUAUCAGGACAAGCGGGAACGAAUGACGCACAAGCGGGCUGAAAUGAUCUGGAAGACGAGCGAUAAUCUCGACGACGCUGAUCUGUUUACCGGGGCUCUGUACAACUUGUAUCAGGCACCGCCGGGCUUCUGCUUUGACAUACUUUGCUCAGAUGAACCCUUCAUGGACGGUCGUUAUUCUGCGGAGAAUAAUGUGCAAGCAAAGGUGGAUAAGUUCCUGUACUACGUAAGUCUACAGGCGGAAAGCUAUCGAACGAACAACAUCAUUCUGACUAUGGGAGGUGACUUUACUUACAUGGAUGCCAACGUUUACUUCAAAAACAUGGACAAAUUGAUCAAAUACACCAACGCACGCCAAGCCAACGGAACGAAUGUGAACGUAUUCUACUCGACACCUUCUUGCUAUCUUAAAGCGCUGCACGAUAUGGGAAUCACCUGGCCGACCAAAUCCGACGAUUUCUUCCCGUACGCGUCCGAUCCGCACUCGUACUGGACCGGGUACUACACCUCAAGACCGACGAGCAAACGCUUCGAACGUGUCGGUAACCAUUUCCUGCAAGUGUGCAAACAGUUGACUGCCUUGGCCCCAACUCGGGAGGCGCAUAUGGAACCGCACCUGAACGUACUGCGCGAGGCAAUGGGUGUAAUGCAACAUCACGAUGCCAUCACCGGCACCGAGAAGCAACACGUCGCCAACGAUUAUGCCCGCAUGCUGAAUGUGGCGGUCAAGGCGUGCAGUGCGAACACAAAGUCCGUACUGAACCAGAUCGUCGAUCCGAAGUACAAACGAUCGUUGCGCUCGGCCGGUUUGCCUUUCGAGCAUGCCACGCCGUAUCCCGAGUACACGUUUGCCUUCCAAUCCUGCCAUCUGCUGAACGUGAGCCGGUGUGAGCUUACCGAAUCGAAGGAUAGCUUCACCGUAACGCUUUACAACCCACUGGCGCACGCUGGUCACGAGUACGUACGCGUCCCGGUGACCGGUGGCAGAUACAUUGUGCGCGACUAUCGUAACGUGGAAGUGUCAUCGCAACUGGUGCCCAUACCACAAUCGGUACUAAAUCUGAGCUAUCGCUUCAGUAACGCUACCUCGGAGUUAGUGUUUCUGGCAAACGAGCUUCCGCCACUCGGGUUUAAAUCGUACUUUGUAACACGCGCCAUUGACUCUUUGGAUGAUUUCCUGCACGAAUCACCUGCUGCCGUGCCUUCAGCUCCAGCCCGUGCAGACCAGCCUGCGGACGAGCAAACGACACGCUGGCAGUCGGAGGAAGUAACGAUUGGUAACAAGUAUUUGAACGUUUCGUUCGACAGUAACGGCUUCAUGAGCUCCAUAACGAUCGAUGGUGUUACGAACAGGCUAAGGCAAACGUUCGUGUACUAUGAGGGAGCGCUCGGAAACAACGAAGAGUUCCGCAAUCGAUCGUCGGGUGCGUACAUCUUCCGCCCGAACGGUACGGAGAAAACCGUUACGGACAAUGUGCAGCUGAAGGUGGUGAACGGACCAACGGUGCAAGAGGUUCAUCAAGUCUUUAACGAGUGGAUCAGUCAGGUGGUGCGAAUUUACGCCGACGAAAGCCAUGUCGAGUUCGAAUGGAUGGUGGGUCCCAUACCGGUUGACGAUGGGGUGGGCAAGGAGAUUGUGUCACGGUUCUACACCGCCGCCCAGUCAAGUGGCGUCUUCUGGACCGAUGCGAAUGGUCGCGAAAUGAUCAGGCGGGUACGCAACCAUCGCGAUACCUGGGUGUUGGAUCUGAUGGAGAAGAUCUCGGGCAAUUACUAUCCGGUAACGGCGAAAAUAGCACUGGAGGACGAAAACCUUCGACUGGCCGUGCUGAACGAUCGGGCCCAGGGUGGUUCCAGUUUGGAAGACGGAUCACUGGAGUUGAUGGUACAUCGCCGCCUGCUGCACGAUGAUGCGUUCGGUGUUGAGGAGGCGUUGAAUGAGAAAGCAUUUGGCAAGGGUUUGGUGGCCCGUGGUAAGCAUUGGGUAAUUUUCGGGGCGAAGAGACCCGUCAGCCCAACACCGGAGGCACGCGAACGAUUCCUGCAGAACCGGGUGCUGCUACCCAACUGGAUCUUUUUCAGCGAUGUCAGCGAGUUUAAGUACGAGGACUGGCAGAAGCAGUAUACCAACAUUUACACUGCGCUUUCGUUGUCACUCCCGUUGAAUGUUCAUCUGCUCACGUUUGAGCCAUGGCAGGAUAAUAGCAUUCUGGUGCGUUUCGAGCAUCUGCUCGAGAAAGGCGAAGAUCCACUGUACUCCAAACCGGUGCGAUUCAACGUGCAGGACGUAUUCCGCCGGUUCAGCAUUGAGGAGAUCCGUGAGACCACCCUGGGGGCCAAUCAGCUGAAGGAGGAUUCUAAACGACUGAAAUUUAAACCCGAUCCGGAUUAUAUCGUGUACAAUGAAGUGAAGCGGGAUGUGAGUGCGGCCCAACCUUCCCCAUCGCCACCGAACGUGCAAUCUGCACCGUCGCCUACGAUGCAAGACAUUGCGCGCAACGUUGGUGAUGAUGGGUUUGAAAUUUUGCUUAAACCGAUGCAGAUUAGAACGUUCAUCUUUCAGCUAGAGUACAAGCCAUAA